GUACCGAGGACAGGCAGAGGGGGUGAGUGGUGAGGAUUGGGGGAGCGGGCCAUAGAGUGCCCGCCCUCAGCAGAAUUAGGAAUCUGGACCUUCACCUUUUCUCUCAGAGUGAACUCUCGGGUGCCUGGUCCCGACGGUGCGAAAGUGUGUGUGGGGGGGAAAGGAGUCUAAACGCCCCCUCUGCCAGACCAUACCUGCGCCUUCGAUCCCGCGGCGUCUUGGGGGAGAGGAAGCAGCAAACUCCCCUCCUCCGCCAGGUGGCCUGGGGUAGGGAGAGGAAGUAGAGUCGGUUCCCCUCGGACUUUAGCGCCGAUCUGGGCGUGUCCUGUUGUCUUGCACCCUAGCCUGGAGCUCGGAGAGACCUUCCUAGCACAGAAGUACCUAGGGAAAUCUGCAUGCCCUCCUCCGGUCCUUGCUCCGGUCCUGACUCGUCCUCCCUGCCAGCUGAGCCUCCAAAAGGGACUGCCCACUCCUGGAAGAAAAUGCCUGAGGGCCCUGAGCUGCAUCUGGCCAGCCACUUUGUGAACGAGUCAUGCAGGGGGCUGGUGUUUGGUGGGUGUGUGGAGAAGUCACCCAUCAGCCGCAACCCUGAGGUGCCCUUUGAGAGCAGUGCCUACUACAUCUCAGCCACAGCCCGUGGCAAGGAGCUUCGCUUGACACUGAGCCCCCUGCCUGGGGCCCAGCCCCCACAGGAGCCACUGGCCCUCAUCUUCCACUUUGGCAUGUCUGGGUCCUUCCAGCUGGCACCCAGCAAUUCGCUACCACCCCAUGCUCAUCUGCGCUUUUACACAGCUCCUCCUGGUCCUCGACUUGCCCUCUGCUUCGUGGACAUCCGCCGCUUUGGCCACUGGGUCCUCGGGGGUGAGUGGCAGCCAGGCCGUGGGCCAUGCGUCUUGCGCGAGUAUGAACAAUUCAGGGAGAAUGUGUUACGAAACCUAGCAGACAAGGUCUUUGACCGGCCCAUCUGUGAGGCCCUCUUGGACCAGAGGUUCUUCAAUGGCAUUGGCAACUAUCUGCGGGCAGAGAUUCUAUACAGGCUGAGGAUACCCCCCUUCGAAAAGGCCCGCACUGUUCUGGAGGCGCUGAAGCAGCAAAGGCCGAGCCCCAAGUUGACUCUGAGCCAGAAGAUCAAGGCCAAGCUGCAGAACCCAGACCUGCUGGAGCUGUGCCACUCAGUGCCCAAGGAAGUAGUCCAGCUGGGGGGCAAGGGCUAUGGGCCGGACAGUGGGGAGGAGGACUUUACAGCCUUUCGAGCCUGGCUGCAGUGCUAUGGCAUGGUGGGCAUGAGCUCCCUGCGGGACCGGCACGGCCGCACCAUCUGGUUCCAGGGGGAUCCUGGACCUCUGGCACCCAAAGGGAGCAAGUCCCAUAAGAAAUCCAAGGGAGCACAGCGGGGUCCAGAGGACAGAAUUGAGGACCGUCCACCCCCAAGCAAGGCCCCUUCCAGGACAAGAAGGGCAUGGAGAGGCCUUCCUGAGCAAACAACAGCCCAACAGCAUGAGGGAACCAGCCUCCAACAAGACCCAAAAGUCCCCCCAGUCACUGAGAAAGGGAAGAGGAGGGGGACAUGGGCAAACUCAGGCUGCUGCAGUCCCCAAAAGAUCAAGACUGACAUCCCACCUUUGGUGCCUGAGGAGACCUCAGCCUCCUAGCAGGAGGAUCUCCUUGCUUGCAUCUACCUCUUCCCGCUGCCUUGCACUGGACCUGGGGCAUGUGGCUUCCUAGAAGCAGGCAGUAGGUGAAGGGGGCUAGAUACCUGUAACCCUGUGGCUGUUCCCUACAUAACCAUGAUAUUUUUAAUUGCACCCUACCAUCCCCAUUUUUUAAGCACAUGUGAAAAAUGUUGUAUUUUUAAAAAUAUAAAUUGAUAUAAACGUC